AUGGCCUCGUCAUCUGCCGACAAGACCAGCCAGAAGGGGGCAGCAACCACGGUAACAGGGCCAUCCGGGUUGAACUCUGAUCCUAUAUCUCCCCUUGAAUCUACUCAAUCAUCAGCUUUUCAUGUUGAUAUCCGACCCUCCAGCAAUUUACAGAGGACCAUUCAACCUUCAAUAUCGAACAAAGCAGAUGAAGUCGAUCCUACUGAUCCAUAUGCCCUUCGAGGGCAAAUACGCGAGAAGGCGACCUUUAAAACCUCAGAGUCCGGCCUCUCCCAACGGAAUCACAAAAAGAUAAAGAAGUACUAUAACCGCCAGAAUGCUCUCAUCGACGCGUACCUCUCCAGUGCGGACGAGGAAGCUCUUGAACUUGAAGACAACCUCAAGAAUGGAGGCAAAGUCCGCUUCGCCGUUAAUGCAAGCUUUGUGUGCAACUUCUGCCUGUUCGUGAUUCAGUUAUAUGCCGCCAUCUCUACUGGGUCAUUGGCACUCUUCGCCACUGCCGCCGAUGCAUUUAUGGAUCUGGUCAGCUCCAUUGUCAUGCUUGUCACUUCCCGCAUGGCGGCAAAGCCGAAAGUCCACAAAUACCCUGUGGGCCGCAAACGUGUCGAGACAGUUGGAAUCAUCUUGUUCUGUGCUCUCAUGACCACUGUGGCCGUGCAGCUGAUGAUCGAAUCAGGACGAGCAUUAGGCCACGGACCGCCUGACUCGAAGGAGCUCGAGGUUAUCCCUAUAGCCUUUGUCUCAACAGCAAUAUUCUCCAAGGCAUGCCUGUUCGUGUACUGCUUCAUAUUGCGACGGUAUCCAGCAGCACGGAUCUUCAUGAUCGACCAUCGCAACGACAUCGCCGUCAACCUCUUCGGUCUAAUCAUGUCGAUUGUCGGCUCACGAUACAGCAAAGUGUGGUUCCUCGAUCCAACCGGUGCCAUCCUCAUCGCACUGCUGAUCCUUUACUCAUGGGCCUCCACGGCGUUCGAGCAUGUAUGGUACCUAGUCGGCAAGUCCGCCCCACAAGACUUCCUCAAUAAAGUCGUCUACGUGAGCAUCACGCAUGACCAACGCAUCCAGAAGAUCGACACCGUCCGUGCCUACCACGCCGGAGACAAGUUCUAUGCCGAGGUCGACAUCAUCAUGGACGAGGCCGAGCCUCUGAAAGUCACUCACGACGUCAGCCAGACUUUACAGCGCAAGCUCGAGGGUCUCGCAGACGUCGAGCGUGCCUUCGUCCACGUCGAUUAUGACUUUGAGCACGACGUCUUCGAGGAGCAUAAAGCUCUCUACGAGAAAACGAAGCCUAAGGCCGCCAGGAAACCUCUCGCUGAGAGAGUCAAAGGUCGUCUGAGCAUCAUCGGCUUCACCUCCGAUGGCCCGUCUGAGGAGCAACCAGAGCAGAAAACAGGCUUCCUCGCCAGACUCUUCGGACGGCGAUGA